CCAUUACUCCUCAACAUGCCUGUUUCGUCCACCUACCAGAGGCUUGAUGUUCCCAACGUCGACUUGCCGUCGUACUUCUUUGGUACCGUGAAGAAGCAGACAGUGUACGGACAGAAGCCCCACCUGCCAUUUCUGAUCAGCGAGUCAAAGACGCUGUCAUUUGCUGAUCUCGAGAAGCUCACCCAUGGAAUUGCCUCUGGCCUGUUCAACAGCGCUGGUCUGAAGAAGGGCGAUACGCUGCUGGUCGUCCUCCCAAACAACAUCUACUACCCUGCAGUCACCCUGGCAACGCAGAUGGUCGGUGCUGUGGUCAGCACCGCCAAUCCGCUGUACACUGCGCGCGAGCUUGCCCACCAGAUCGAGCUGACCGGCGCAAAGAUGGUGGUCUCGAUUGAUGCCAAAGUCCCCGUCGUCAAGGAGGCCGUGCGUCUUGCCAACUCGCCUAUUCCUGACAGCCUCAUUUUCACUUUGGACGGUACCAAUCGGAUCUUCGACAUUAUAUCUCCAAAGCCCUUCCCGCGCGUCUAUCUACGCACCGAGGAGGAGACAGCGAGUGCGCUUUCAUUUAUCGUGUUUAGCUCUGGCACCAGCGGCAAGCCCAAGGGCGUCAUGCUGAGUCACAGGAACAUCGUAUCCAACAUCGUGCAGAACAUGAGCUUCGAAGACGCCGACGAGUACCUGACUGCAAGGUUUUCGGGCAUCGAAGAGACACCCCACAUGAUCGCCGUCCUCCCGUUCUUCCACAUCUACGGCCUGACAUGCAUUCUUCACUUGCAGCUGUGCCAGGGGCGCCCACUUGUGAUCAUGCCCCAGUUCGACCUUGAAAAGUUCUGCCAGCUAGUGCAGCAGUACCGCUGCCGCGCUGCCCACCUGGUGCCGCCUAUUAUCCUCGGUCUGACCAAGAGCCCGAUUGUCAAAAAGUACGACCUGUCGAGCUUCAUUUUCGUCAACAGUGGAGCUGCUCCACUGACCAAGGAGCUGCAGCAGGAGGCACAGAAGGUCCUGGGAUUCCCGAUUUGCCAGGGAUACGGCCUGUCCGAGUCGAGCCCGGCCAUCACCCGUGUCCCCCCAUCAAAUGUUGUGUAUGGAUCGUCGGGCCGCCUGGUGCCGAACAUGGAAGCCAAGGUUAUUGACGACGAUGGCAAGGAGGUUGGUCCUGGUGAGGUCGGCGAGCUGUGCUACCGCGGUCCUAACAUCAUGCUGGGGUAUUUGAAGAACCCGGCUGCUACUGCCGAGACCCUGGACUCUGAGGGCUAUCUCCAUACCGGAGAUGUUGGCUAUAUCGACAAGGACGGCUACAAUUUCAUCACCGACCGCAAGAAAGAGCUGAUCAAGUACAAGGGCUUCCAGAUCCCGCCUGCCGAACUCGAGGGUCUGCUUGUUGACCAUCCAGCGAUUUUGGACUCAGCAGUCAUUGGCAUCUACGACGAUGUGCAGGCAACCGAGGUUCCCAAGGGAUUCGUCGUUAUCAAACCCGAUGCCAGCAAAUCGGGCGUUGUUGACGAAAUUCACUCAUGGCUGAACUCGCGCGUCACUCAUUACAAGCGGCUGCGCGGUGGAAUUGAGGUCAUCGAUGCCAUUCCCAAGUCAGCAACCGGAAAGAUCCUCCGGCGUAUCCUGAAGGAGCGCGAGUCGCAGAAGCGCAAGGCCAAGCUUUGAUGUCGCCGUAGAUGCUAUAUCCAUUCAUGAUGGUAGGCUAUGUGCUGACAUGUAGAAAACCAUCCCGCCUGCCGCGUAGAUAUACG